AACCCAAUCUCAAGUUUCUUACAGUAUUUCUUGUCGGCCCGGCCAAGCCUCUCUCUCUCUUCAUUCCCACUCCACUCCUCUCUCUCUCUCUCUCUCUCUCUCUGCUUAGGCCAGAAGCAACUGAAGAAACCACCCAAAACUGUAGGAAAAACAAAACACAAAUAAAAAUCAGAGCUUGUUUUGUAGUUUGAACAGUUGUUCUCUCUCUCUCUCUCUCUGACAUGUUGUGGGAGAGAUGAGAGAAAAGUCUAGAGAGGGAAAAGUGAACGCGAGGAAAACCGAGCUCCAAAGUGUUGGAGAGAGAAAGAGAGAGCAAUGUCACAAAAUUCCGAGGAGAUAAAGACGAUUGAGCAAUGGAAAUGGUCUGAAAUGCAAGGCCUCGAGCUCGUAGUGUCAGCCAAUUCAGAGACAACCUUUAAAGGCGACAACCCAUCGCCCAAUUCAACAGCCCGUGAGAUAGAGGGAAAGGCGUCCGAAGAAAGACGAGAAAUGGAGGUAAAGAAAAAUGGUGGCCAUGAAGAGAAGCUCGGUUCUUCUCCGGCCUCAUCUGCCUUCGGCGAGCUCUUCAGAUUCGCCGACGGCUUGGACUAUGUUUUGAUGGCUAUUGGAACGUUUGGCGCCAUUGUUCAUGGCUCUUCCUUGCCCUUGUUCCUCAGAUUCUUCGCCGAUCUUGUUAAUUCUUUUGGGUCUAAUGCCAACAACAUUGACAAAAUGACACAAGAAGUUGUCAAGUAUGCGUUUUACUUUCUUGUUGUGGGGGCUGCAAUAUGGGCAUCUUCAUGGGCAGAGAUUUCAUGUUGGAUGUGGACUGGAGAAAGGCAAUCCACCAAAAUGAGGAUCAAGUACUUGGAGGCAGCUCUGAACCAGGAUAUUCCAUUUUUCGAUACAGAGGUCCGAACAUCCGAUGUGGUUUUCGCCAUUAACACUGAUGCCGUGAUGGUCCAAGACGCCAUUAGCGAGAAGCUGGGUAAUUUCAUACACUACAUGGCAACGUUUGUGUCUGGAUUUGUAGUGGGUUUCACUGCAAUCUGGCAGUUGGCUCUGGUCACUCUUGCUGUGGUUCCUCUCAUAGCCAUAAUUGGAGCCAUUCACACCACCACAUUGGCAAAGCUCUCCGCCAAGAGCCAAGAAGCUCUUUCCCAAGCAGGAAACAUUGCAGAACAGACAAUAGUUCAAAUCCGGACGGUUCUGGCCUAUGUUGGCGAAUCAAGAGCAUUACAAGCCUACUCCUCGGCGUUGAAGGUUGCUCAGAGGCUCGGAUACAAGAGCGGAUUUGCCAAGGGAAUGGGGCUCGGAGCAACCUACUUCGUCGUAUUUUGUUGCUAUGCUCUGCUGCUCUGGUAUGGUGGCUAUCUGGUUAGGCACCAUUAUACAAAUGGAGGACUUGCCAUUGCCACGAUGUUUGCUGUAAUGAUAGGUGGCCUAGCUCUAGGACAAUCGGCUCCAAGCAUGGCUGCAUUUGCCAAGGCCAGGGUUGCAGCCGCGAAGAUAUUUCGUAUAAUUGAUCACAAACCGGGUGUUGAGAGAAAUAGCGAAUCGGGUGUUGAAUUAGAUGCUGUCACGGGACUGGUUGAGCUGAAAAACGUUGAUUUUGCCUACCCAUCGAGGCCUGAAGUUCAAAUUCUCAGCAAACUCUCUCUGACUGUUCCUGCUGGAAAAACUAUAGCUUUGGUGGGAAGCAGUGGCUCCGGCAAGAGCACUGUGGUAUCUCUGAUUGAGAGAUUCUAUGAUCCUACCUCAGGGCAAGUUCUGUUGGACGGGCAUGAUAUAAAGACUUUGAAGCUGAAAUGGCUGAGGCAGCAAAUUGGUCUGGUGAGCCAGGAGCCUGCUCUGUUUGCCACCACCAUCAAAGAGAACAUACUGUUGGGUCGUCCCGGCGCAUCUCUGGUUGAGAUCGAAGAAGCUGCCAGAGUCGCCAACGCCCAUUCGUUCAUUAUCAAGCUUCCCGAUGGCUACGACACUCAGGUGGGAGAAAGGGGCCUUCAACUCUCAGGCGGGCAAAAGCAGAGAAUAGCCAUAGCGAGGGCAAUGCUGAAAAACCCGGCAAUCUUGCUUCUAGAUGAGGCAACAAGUGCAUUGGACUCCGAGUCAGAAAAGUUAGUGCAAGAGGCUCUGGAUCGAUUCAUGAUCGGGAGAACAACCCUUGUCAUUGCACACCGUCUCUCCACUAUCCGGAAGGCUGACCUUGUCGCGGUACUACAGCAGGGUAGCGUCUCAGAAAUCGGAGCUCACGAUGAGCUUAUGGCUAAAGGAGAAAAUGGAGUUUAUGCAAAGCUCAUCCGGAUGCAAGAAACAGCUCACGAAACUGCACUUAAUAAUGCCAGAAAGAGCAGUGCAAGGCCUUCCAGUGCCAGGAACUCAGUGAGUUCACCAAUAAUUGCCCGAAACUCCUCUUACGGCCGAUCCCCAUACUCACGCCGGCUAUCUGACUUCUCUACAUCUGACUUUAGCCUCUCGCUGGACGCUUCACAUCCUAAUUAUCGCCUGGAAAAGUUGGCAUUCAAGGAACAAGCCAAUUCCUUCUGGCGCCUCGCAAAAAUGAACUCUCCCGAAUGGGCUUAUGCGCUGGUUGGCUCGAUAGGCUCUGUUGUUUGCGGCUCCCUCAGUGCCUUCUUUGCGUAUGUUCUGAGUGCAGUCUUAAGUAUCUACUACAAUCCAGAUCAUGCUUACAUGAUUCGAGAAAUCGCAAAAUACUGCUAUCUGUUGAUCGGGGUUUCUUCAGCCGCACUCAUCUUCAACACGUUACAGCACUUCUUUUGGGAUGUUGUGGGAGAAAACCUUACCAAACGGGUCAGGGAAAAAAUGUUGGCGGCAGUGCUGAAAAAUGAAAUAGCAUGGUUCGAUCAAGAGGAGAAUGAGAGUUCUAGAAUUGCAGCCCGGCUGGCUCUUGAUGCCAACAAUGUCAGGUCGGCUAUUGGAGACCGUAUUUCUGUGAUCAUGCAGAACUCAGCACUAAUGAUCGUUGCCUGCACUGCCGGGUUCGUUUUGCAGUGGCGGCUAGCUCUUGUCCUCAUAGCUGUCUUUCCAGUGGUGGUUGCAGCCACUGUCCUUCAGAAAAUGUUCAUGCAAGGUUUCUCUGGCGACCUAGAAGCUGCGCAUGCGAAAGCCACGCAACUGGCAGGAGAGGCCGUAGCCAAUGUGAGAACCAUUGCUGCCUUCAAUUCGGAGUCAAAAAUCGUCAGCCUUUUCACCAAUAGCCUGCAAGCUCCACUUAGGCGCUGCUUCUGGAAGGGACAGAUUGCUGGGAGUGGGUACGGGAUAGCCCAAUUCUCACUCUAUGCUUCCUACGCCCUUGGCCUUUGGUAUGCCUCCUGGCUUGUAAAGCAUGGGAUCUCCGAUUUUUCUAAGACGAUCAGAGUCUUCAUGGUUCUCAUGGUCUCUGCUAACGGUGCAGCAGAAACAUUGACACUGGCCCCUGACUUCAUUAAGGGUGGGCGAGCCAUGAGGUCAGUGUUUGACCUUCUUGACCGCAAAUCUGAAAUUGACCCGGAUGAGCCGGACCCGGACUCUGCCCCAGUUCCUGAUCGCCUUCGUGGGGAGGUGGAAUUCAAGCACGUGGACUUCUCUUACCCCACGCGCCCUGAUGUGCCAAUUUUCCGAGACCUCAGUCUUCGCGCGCGAGCUGGAAAGACUCUUGCUCUUGUGGGGCCUAGUGGUUGCGGUAAGAGCUCGGUCAUUGCUUUGAUAGAACGAUUAUACGAGCCGUCUUCUGGAAGGAUCAUGAUCGACGGGAAGGACAUCCGAAAAUACAAUCUCAAGUCGCUGCGACAACACAUUGCAGUGGUGCCACAGGAGCCGUGCCUCUUUGCAACAAGCAUCUAUGAAAACAUUGCCUAUGGACGCGAGUCAGCUACUGAAGCGGAGAUAGUUGAAGCUGCCACUCUAGCAAAUGCCCACAAGUUCAUAUCAUCGCUCCCGGAUGGUUACAGAACAUGUGCUGGGGAGAGGGGAGUUCAACUGUCUGGUGGACAAAAGCAAAGAAUUGCGAUUGCCCGGGCUUUCUUAAGGAAGGCAGAGCUAAUGCUACUCGACGAAGCCACUAGUGCUCUUGAUGCUGAGUCAGAAAGGUGCGUUCAAGAGGCUCUGGAGCGCGCUUGCUCCGGAAAGACCACAAUUGUGGUUGCUCACCGGCUAUCAACCAUAAGAAACGCUCAUGUCAUUGCUGUGAUAGACGAUGGAAAGGUGGCCGAACAAGGCUCCCACUCGCACCUUCUGAAAAACCACCCCGAAGGGAUUUAUGCUCGGAUGAUUCAGUUACAGAGAUUCACACGUGGGCAGGCUGUGAACAUGGCAUCAGGCUCUAGUUCUUCAGUUCGUCCAAGAGAAGACGACGAGAGAGAAGCCUAGUGAAGUUGAAAGAAACAUACCACUUGACAGGAGUUCCAUCUCCUGCACUCGUUGAUGAUUUUUUGGAUGUAAGUUUCUUCUCGUCUUCUGUUUUGGUGUAGCAUAUAUCAUGUCUACCAUCUAAAGUUCUACCAUAGUAUAUGCUCCUCUUUCUCAUCA